AUGGCGUCGCCUCAUCCGCUGCCCGGCGACAUGCUGUUCCUCCCUCCCCCAUCGCAGGCCGCGGCCGCCGCGUGCACGACGCUCUGCUGCUUGUGCGGCGUGCCGAUGCCGCCCAACGCGGCCAACACCUGCGCGCCCUGCCUCCGUGCGCGCGUCGACGUCACCGACGGCGCGCCGCGCCACGCCGCCGUGGUGCACUGCCCGUCGUGCUCAUCGUACCUGGAGCCCCCGCGGCGCUGGACGCGCGCCGCCCCGGAGUCGGCCGAGCUCUUGCAGCUCCUCCUUCGCCGCGUCCAGCGCCCGAUCCAGCGCCUCGGCGUCACCCUCACCGCGGCCGAGUUCGUGUUCACUGAGCCGCACUCCAAGCGCAUCAGGCUCCGCCUCCGCCUUCGCCGCGAGGUCCUCCCCGGCCGCGGCCUCGCGCUGGAGCGGGACCACGCCGUCGAGUUCACCGUCCACGACCGCCUCUGCGACCCCUGCGGCCGGGCCCGCGCCGGCCCCGACCAGGACCAGUGGUGCGCCGUCGUGCAGCUGCGGCAGCGCGCGUCGCACCGCCGCACGCUGCUCCACCUCGAGCAGCGGCUGGCCGCCCUCGGCGCGGCCGGCUCGGCGACCCGCGUCGACGUAACCGGCGCCGGCGGGAUCGAUUUCUUCUUGGCGUCCCGCUCCCACGCUGCCGGCCUUGUCGCCCUCAUCGCCUCCCUCGCGCCGGCGCGCGUGGCGGACGCGGCGAGGCAGCUCGUGUCGCAUGACACCAAGAGCAACACGUACCGCCACCGGCACGCCUUCUCCGUGGAGCUCUGCCCGGUGUGCCGCGAUGACCUCGUCUUCCUUCCGAGGGAGGCGUCGCGCGCGCUCGGCGGGCUCGGGCCGCUCGUGCUCUGUGUCAGGGUCACCGACACGCUGGCCCUCCUCGACGCCUCCACCCACCGCGUUGUCAGCCUCGGCAUCAAGGACUACGACCGGCACAGGUUCGAGCCCGCGCUCACCAGCCGCCAGCUCGUGGAGUACGUAGUGCUGGACGUCGACCCCUCGCCGGCCACCGGCGACACCAAGGCCGCCAGGUUCGGGUACCGGACAGCAUACAUGCAGGUGGCCCGUGCGUCAGAGCUGGGCAGGAGCAAAGCCGUCGUCACCGUGAGGACGCACCUCGGGCACCUCCUGGGCCCCGGUGACCGCGCGCUCGGCUACGACCUUCGUGGCGCCAACGCCAACAACCUGGACGUGGAUAGCCACUGCUUGCCGGAUGCUGUGCUCGUCAAGAAGAUCUACGAGAAGGGCGGCGACGGCGACAGGAUGCAGGAGGACGGUGGCAGGAGCGAUGACCAUGGCGUCGCGUGCAUCGACGAGAUCGCCAUGGGGAUUGGCGGCAUUGAUCUGGACCCGUGCGACGAGGUGGAGCUUGAUGAAUUGCUCGAGGACCUCAGAAUCUGAGAGUACGAGUUGUGAAUCUUAAAGGAGGAUGGUGACUGCUGGCCUGAAGCUUCAGUGCAUCUGAUAUAGACAAUGUUCAAUCGGCCUGUCAUUAAAACAAAAACAUGUUAAGACCCUCCAUAAGAUGUUCCUUGAGCAUUUUGUCAAAUCUACGGCGGAAGUCAACAAAGUGAAGUUCAAAAGGACAAAGGUUUUGCAAAGGCACAGAGCAAUGAUCUUGAUUCCAGGGGUAAUUCGAACUCUACUAUCUGCUUCUGUUUUAGUUCUUUUUUACAGAUUUCAAAGCAUUUUUUUCUAGGUGAUUUCAAAGUAUUUGGACUUAAUCUGGGCUGCUAAUACUCUGCCACCACACGCCAGUUUUCACUAUCUAAACCAUCAGGCUUCCGUGCAUCUACGUCGUCGGCAGUUUUGUCAGAACUUAAACUUUGU